AUGAUCCCGCCCAAACGCGGAACCAAGGGCGCGCCCGCGCCCGCGCCCGCGCCUACCUCGCGUGAACCCGUGGCAACAAGACGCACCAGAGGCCAGCCUCAGCAGAGGGGAACUACCGCCACCCCGGGCAAGCGUGACCGAGGUAUGGCGACCAGAACUCGGGCUGCCGCGCUGAACUUUUCUGCGUCAGCUCCACCACUCAAGAAAUCGUCUCUUACCCAAGAUCCCCGUGCCCGCAAAGGGCCCCCACCCAGCGUCGCCCACAGUGAGGUCGAUAUCCCCUCGUCGCGUCCGAGAAAUGAGGACGACUCGGACGAAGAAGCUGAAGUUGUCCGAAGCGAGGACGUGGCUAGAGCUGGUCUGGGCGGGAGAGACGAUGGAGCUCCCCCAACCGAAAAUGAGGAUGGAGAGGGUAAUUAUGAUGACGACGACGAGGAUGACGAUGACAAGGAGGUGGAGGUGGAGGACGAAGAGAUUGAGGAGGACGAAGAGACAAGGGAGGGCUUCGGGUCCGACGUGGAUACACAAUCAGUCGCCGAAGAAAAAGGAGUCAAGGAGGAGGACUUUCUGUUCAUGCGGCACAACCUUGACAAGCUAUCCAGUCAUGCUGAACGAAUCCUGUCACAGUACAGAGAUUUCGGUAGCAGAGACGGGCUCUCACGCCGAAACUUCGAGCUUGAUAUAGAUGCCCUCGGCGCUGUGCGCAAGCAUUUCGUGGUGCACAAAUCCUACGAGCCCUUUCUCCACUGGAAGUGGCUUCAAAACCGGGUCACCGUCUCCGAUGAGGAAUAUGCCAACUUCAAAAGGAUCCUACUUCUAGUCAAUCUUGCAACUCUACUCGAGAUCAUCUAUAAUGGCACCAAGGACAACAGGAAAGAGUCUCGAGAGGCCGAUGCUAAAAAGCUCAGAAUCAUCGACCUGGACUUUCAAGAUCUCCUCCUCGGCGACGAACAGGUGCCAAUCACAGAUCCCAUUGCCAAAUUGGCUCUCGAAACUCGGGCUGCACACCUUCUAGCCGCGCUCGCCAGCGCCAAGACGAAUCACGAUGCCCACAUGAUAGCAUUUCGAGUCUUUUGCGGCGAGAUGCACAACCCACUCCCUGAGGAGAUAACCAAACUUCUUCAGAACGGGCCCUACAUGCGCGUUGUCGGUCACGAGGGCGAGAAGGGGAACAACCGGUGCUACACCCAAGUUGCCAAGUUUCUCAAGCGUACUGGCGCAGGCAACGCUAAAUUUUCUAACCUGGCCAAGCUUCGCAAGGACGUAUUUCCCCCUGGAGGUCUACUGGCCACCAUAACAGAGGUCUACCCAGCGCUACCCGUUCGCCCUUCACGCGAGACCCAGGCCAGCACGAUGGAAGGUUUCGAUGAAUUUCAGGACGCUGUCAGUGAGAUCCACAACAGCGACGACGAGUCAGACUCCGGCACGUCGCAACCCAUUGUGCGUAUGCCGAGAUCGCAGGCUGGUACCAGUUGGUUCAAAGAUGCGUCUGAUAUUGAAAUCCGAGCCCUCGAAGGUAUUCUUCGCAGAGCCCCGGACGCAUCCUCAUCUUCAGACCAGCGGGUCCAUCUUGCCAACCCGCUGAAUCCCAACGCAGCACUGCUCUCUGCACAUCCAUCUCGCUACUUACACCCCGUCGACCGAAACCCGCCGCCACCUCGCCAGCAAGGUGGCAAGCGCGUGCUUGACCUCGCAGGCGAUAAUGGCGACGAAGAAGACAACGAUGAGCACUUUGAAACGGACAGGCGUCGCAUUAGCCCACAAGAGAAGCGCCGCCGUAUGGACGAGGUGGCGCACGCCGCGCGCGUGGAUGCAAGUCUUCGCCAGCAGGAGCAAAGGCAAAUGCCUUUUCCGAACGCACACGCCUUCCCGAGUAGCUCCACCACAGCUGUCGGCGGUUUGACGCAGCCCACCGCACCGCCGAACGGCACCAACACCACCCCCGCCACCGGUCCGGCGGGGGCCUCGCCAUCGUCAACCCCACGACCGAGAGGACCCGUGAUCAUCAUCGGGCGCCAGCGACACCCAUGGAGCGACCACGACUCGGCCGUGCUCGUGGCCAAGGUUGCCGAGCACUACGGCAAAUGGGGCUGCAUCGAGGCCGACGACGAAAAGAAUCACAUCUUUGAGCACCCCCGCAACCAGCAGGCCUACCGCGACCGCGCGCGCAACAUGAAGGUCGACUACCUCCUCCGCGAUCAUCGCCUCCCCAGGGGCUUCGACGGCGUCUCCCUCAGCGGCAAGGAGGUCCAGCGCGUCGUCAACGCGAACAAGAACCCGAUGCGCAGGGAGGAGGACUGGGACGAGGCAACGGGUCGUCCCACAAACACCGAGUUUGUGGACGGACAGGUGAUUCAGACCCACGAAAGGAGGUCACGAAGAAGAGAAUAA